CAGCGAGUAGAGUGAUGGACAAGAAAGGAGAAGAUGCGCGUCUUACAUUGGAGACUGUACGUGAAUUAAUAAAGAAAGACGAACCUGACGUGGAGAUUAAUAAUUUGGAAGAAGAACCUGGAUCAGGAAGAGGCGACAAUUACACGUCUAUGCUUUACCGUAUACGAGUGAAAGGUCAACAACGCAGGCAAACAACUAGUGGAUCGAUUGAAUGGAUCAAUUACGAGCGCGCUAUCAUCUACAAAGUGUUACCUCGAUCGAGAGAACAUCGGGAGGCGUACAAAAGCGAACUGCUCUUUCGAAACGAGGUGGCAUUCUAUGAAUACGUGUGGCCUACCCUGAACAAGUUGCAAACUGACGGCAAUAUUGUGUUCAACGGCGUUGCCAAAAUCUAUGCGGCACGAAUCGAUCUUAUCGCUAUGGAGGAUUUAAGAGAAAGAGGUUUUAAGAUGGCAGAUAGAAGGAAGGGACUCGAGCUUGACCAUUUGAAGAGAGCAUUAAAAGCGUUGGCUGGCUUUCAUGCACUCAGUUUAACGCUUCGAGAAAUGAGGCCGGAAGAGUUUGCGAGAUUGACAGAUCCAGAUGGAGGUCAAGGUAUACGAGAGGUGUUUUUUCGAACGGAACACGAAGAAUGGUACCGACAGUAUUAUCAAGAAGCUGCGAAGAACGCUAUCGAAAUGGUGUCCGAAGGUCUUUCUGCCCGCGUGGAACCCAAGAGACCAGAGAUAAUGGAGAAAUUCAGAGCAUUCCUGAACGACGACGUAUUUUUUCGUACAAUGAGCGAAGUCGCUGCUGUUAGAGGACCCCUUACAGUCUUUUGUCACGGCGAUUGUUGGACUAAUAAUAUUCUUUUUAAAGAUGAUGCUGAACCAAACGAGGAAGAUGUCUGUUUGGUCGAUUUUCAACUAACUCGAGUCGGUUCGCUCGCUCUUGACCUCGUCAGUUUUCUGUACUGUUGUACGAGUGGAGAGAUUAGACGGGCUCACAUGACACAGCUUCUUCAGCAUUAUCAUUUCCAUCUGAUGUCUUCGUUGCACAUCCUUAAUCCAGAUAACCCAGUAAAAGAUCCUUCGAUAAUGUGGGAACUAUUAAAUGAGGAAAUGCGGCGUUGUGGACGUUUUGGAAUAGGUAUCGCAUUAGACAUUUUACCGAUCAGUACAUGCGAAAGCGAAGAAGCACCGGACAUGUACGAGAAACUGGAAACAAGCAAAGAAAAACAAACAGCUCGAGCACCACCGCAGGGAGGAGCUGAAUGCGCACAACUCAUGACUGAUCUAGUUGUAGAACUCGUAAACAAUCACGCUUUGUAACUCAAGCAUCGAGCGAUCUUUGCGAACAACCGAAAUACGAAUGGUUCAAUGAGAUGAAGCGGGUCAACAAAUUGCAAAAUUUUAUGCAUAAAAAUCGGUAAAUUUGGUUAUAAUAACGAUAGUUGCAAACAAAUGACGGGAAAAUAAUACGUGAAUUUCAGCGUUUUUGAAAGAUACUUUUACUCGACUCUAAACAACAGUCUAUGUCUAGUAGUUGCAUCAGAAAUUGUUAAACGUUGUUUCAACGUCAAUGGAUAAAUGUAAGUGGAUCGAUGCAAAAGUCAUUUUUGACGUACUUCUAUAUCGCAGAAAUAAUAUAUUCAGUAUUAAAAAUGUCAUUUAUAUUUCGUUUCA